AUGGCGGUACGUGUUUCCGCGCCGACGCCAGAGCCUCGCAAAACAAAGUUGCUGGUAUUUUGGGACGUACUGUAUAGCACGUGCCCGACUGGGAAAUUUGGACCAGAUUGUCUGAUUGAUUGUCACUGUGACAACAACGCUGCCUGCGAGAAAGACAGCGGCUACUGCAGUGGAUCGAAUGGAACAUGUGCUGCUCAUGCAUUCCAGUCCGAUAAAAAUGCAAACAACUGUCAGACAGGUGUCAUUGAAUUCCAAAUGUUGACGAUGCCCAACCAAGGCCAAGAUGUGACAUUCAGUUGUGCAGCUACGUCGGGCGACGCUCUUCCAGUAAAUACACUUGUCCUAGCAGCAGAAGCAAGCAAUAGCUCAGCAGAAUUCUCACGGAUAGCAACCGUGACGGAAGGGAUGGUGCUCAACAACACAUUCACCGCGUCUGGACUGCUUGACGGUCAAAACGUCUACUGCUAUCUUCUACAUAACAGUAAUCCCGUGUGGACCUAUCUAACUGUGUCCCUUUUUGUUCCCCCAUAUCUAAGCCAGCCUCCUGUAGUAGUUGCUGGGCCAGGAUCAGUGACUGUCAGCUGGCAGGCAUGGGGAUCACACGUGGAUGACUCUGGAGAUGGACCAAUCAUCAGAUACAUCGUGUACUACAUGAGUUCAACUAGUGCAUCAUGGACAAUGGCUGAUGAGAUACCAGUCACAGACCAGUCACAGACUGCUUACAGUUUUGUAGUCCAACCGCUGGAUCCAAGCACUCAAUACCAGUUCAGCGUGGCUGCUGUAAGAGAUGGACCAGGAGGCCAGGGAUCUUUCAGUCCUGCAUCACAGUCGAUUUAUCCUCUAACAACAUCUCCUCCAGCUACUGAAGGCCCUACACUUGCAGAAUCUUCAACCGCAGCACUCACUACUCCUGUCCUAGGCACAUGUCCGAUUGGCUUCUAUGGACUAGAUUGUCUGCUUGAUUGUCACUGUGCUACCAACGCUGCCUGCGUGAGAGACAGUGGUUACUGCAGUGGAUCGAAUGGAGUCUGUGCUGAUGGAUUCAAGUCAGAUAUGAACGCCAACAACUGUCAGACAGGUAUCAUUGAAUUUCAAAUGUUGACGAUGUCCAACCAAGGCAAGGAUGCGACAUUCAGUUGUGCAGCUACGUCAGGAGACGUUCUUUCGGCAGACUCAAUUUCCGUGGUAGCCGGAAGCUCAUCGUUCCCACGAACAGGGACUGUGACUGAAGGCAUGGUGCUCAACAACACGUUCACAGUAUCUGGACUGAUUAACAACCAGUUGGCCACCUGCUAUCUAACUCAUAACAGUCAAGCUGUAUUCACAACUCUGAGUGCAUCUUUUUUUGGUCCCCCAUAUCUAAGCCAGACUCCUGCAGUCGUUGCUGGGCCAGGAUCGGUGACUGUCAGCUGGCAGGCAUGGGACUCACACGUGGAUGACUCUGGAGAUGGACCAAUCAUCAAAUACAUCAUUUACACCAUGAUUUCAACUAGUGCAUCAUGGACAUUGGCUGGUGAGAUAUCAGUCACAGACCAGUCACAGGCCGCAUAUAGCUUUGUAGUCCAACCACUGGAACCAAGCACUCAAUACCAGUUUAGUGUGCAAGCUGUAAGAGAUGGACCAGGAGGUUCCGGGUCUUUCAGUCCUGUAUCACAGUUGAUUUAUCCUCUAACAACACCUCCUCCAACUACUGAAGGUCCUACCACCACAGAAUCUUCAACAACAGUGUCAAUACCAUCUUCAACGUUGGUGCCUACAUCAUCGGUAACUAGGCCUACUGUACCAGCACUGACCACAAGAGUGCAAGGAGUAACUCGCGACGAUGAGCCGCCAACUGAGGCAGAUUUUGUCACGAGGUCGUCAACAACCGCUGAAGCAGAUUUUGCCACGAAGGAACCUAAAGUAACAGAGAAGCCAUCGAAUACAGGUAUAUCAAACACUGUUGUGAUAGCUGCCUGUGGGGCGUCUGUCUGUGUGAUUGUAGCAAUUGUUGCUAUCGUCGCAUUCUGCUUCUGCAAGCGAAGAAGGCAUCGGACCCCAAAGCCUAAGACACCCGCUGAAAGACUCCAGUUGAAUGCCUACGAAAAUAGAGUAGCACAAGAGGACGAGGCCCAUUCCUCAGGUGAUGACCGGCCAGCACCCAACACAGCGGUUGGUGACGGCUCGGUGUCAACAUACGAGGAUAUUGGCCUGCCAUCUUGGGCUAAAGACUGGACCAUUCCAUGGCCGAAUAUGAUGAUCGGUGAUAAGGUCUUGGGUGAUGGAUACUUUGCCUUUGGUGAAGUUCUCGACGGUGUGGUGAAGAUAGAGGGAGAGUUUUCUAAUGCCGCCAUCAAGAAACUUGAAGAUAAUGCCCCAACAAACGAACGAAAAACCUUCAUGGUGGAAUUUCGAGCUCUGACUCAAAUUGGAAGGCACCCGAAUGUUGUGAACCUUCUCGGUGCAUGCCAACAUGCCGAAAUUAUGUACGUGGCCACGAAGUACCUACCAAAAGGCGAUCUCCGUUCGUAUCUGCGAGCGGCCAGAUCCACUGGCAACACCCAGCUACCUCUCUCGCCGCAGGAGCUUCUCCAGUUUGCUUUGGAUGUUGCCAAAGGAAUGCAACACAUUACUGCAUGUGGGGUGAUUCACCGCGCUUUAGCAGCUAGAAACAUCCUCCUCAGUACGGACCUGGUUGCCAAGAUUUCCGAUUGUGGUUUGGCGCGAAAAGAAGACGCUUACAUCCCGCUGCCAGAGAGCCGUGUCGCUACUCGCUGGCUGUCUCCUGAAUCGCUCACGUCCAAGACAUACACAUCACAGAGUAGCGUGUGGUCCUUCGGAAUCGUCUUGUGGGAAAUCGCGACACUAGGAGCCACUCCUUAUCACGAGGACACCAAAGCUAAACACAUAGUGUCGAAGUUGAAGAAUCGAUACCGGAUGCCCAAACCCAGCAACUGUGAUGAUGAAAUGUACAGGCUGAUGUUGACGUGCUGGCAGGAAGACCCGGCCAACCGACCUGAUUUCAAGAAACUAGUGACUCGCCUGACAAGUAUGGCUGACAGCCAAAAUGAAAAUGCAUACAUGCUAAUGCUACCGCAAACUGAGCGAUACAUGAACAUGAAGAUUCGCCCAGAGCUGGAUGGCAACUGA